AUGUUCCUUUUUUUCACAACAAUAUUUCUUGCUAUACUAUCAUCUACAGCCUCUUAUUGGCAGUGUAUCUUCUGCUAUUAUCCUUAUCCAAAAUCAUAUUCAUAUCCAUAUUCAUACUCAUAUCCAUAUCCAUAUCCAUAUUCAUAUUCAUAUCCAAAUGCAUUUUCACCGUAUAUCCCUUCUAUUGGACCUCUUUCUCCCUAUUCCUCUAUUGGUCCAUGUGUAAACGGUUUGUGUCCAACCGGAUACGGAUGUUAUAAUUCACAAUAUGGACCAUGUGUCAACAAUCAAUGUCCAAUGGGAUUUUGCUACAAUGCCCAAUGUGUCGGAUAA